AUGUUUGUUUCUCCGCCUCCUGCUUCGACGACAGGCCAAGCUAUCUCAAAGAGACAGCCAGGAACAAGUCGUCAUGGUGUGAGUAACGGUUUAUUACAGUCCAUUCCAGAGGGCGAUUCUUCGGUGUCGUUUGUGGGCUCUAAUGGGUCCUCACAGUCAUUAGAAGGAGCAACGAAUUUCGUCAAUGCACCACCGGAAUAUGCUCAUCGUGCCCGGGAUGAAAUCAGGAAAAGGUUACUUCCGCAAGGAUCAAAAUCACAUAAAUCUAGUAGAGCUGGGAGUAUCAGAUCAAGUGAUAGCCAAAGUGUUUUAUCUGAUAAUGCUUCAUCAUACCAGUCUAGCAUAUUUUCACAACCUGCAACGGUCUUCACACAUUCCACGGCUCAUAGUUCAUUAUUACCACCUCCGGCAAAGAUAAUUACCCAAAUUUCAUUACAGGAUGCUUUGCCCAAAACCUUUUAUGACAUGUAUGCACCUGAGAUUUUGAUGUCCGAUCCUUCCAAUAUACUGUGCAAUGGACGUCCUAAAUUCACAGAGAGAGCUUUGUUGGAUUGGGAAUUGAAUGAUAUUAGGUCAUUGCUUAUCGUUGAGAAUACAAGACCAGAAUGGGGGAAUCAAUUACCAGAAAUUGUGACAGAUGCACCAAAUUUACCAAAAUUCAGGUUUCAAUUACUACCUUUAUUUUCCACAGAUGAGUUUAUUAUCCAAACGUUGGUAAGUUCCGAUUUAUACAUGGAAGCUGCUUUGGAUUAUCAAUUUAAAGUAACAAGUGCGAAAUAUACGGUCUUAGCAGCAAGAAAGAGACAUGAACAAAUGAUCGGGCAUUCGGAACCCGUCAUGCAACUCUCGAAACCAGAAUGGAGAAAUAUUAUUGAAAACUACCUCUUAAACAUCGCGGUGGAAGCUCAAUGUAGAUACGAUUUCAAACACAGUUGUUCGGAGUUCAAGAAGUACAAGGCACAACAAUUCAAUUUGAAAAGGCCCGAUAUGCCACCUCCCAGUUCAAUUCCAAGUUAUGAUAGAGGAAACCCAAUGGAUAAGGGAAGUCGUUCGGGGAGUGGUAGUUUAUUAAAGAGGGCAUUGAUGAAAAACUUUCAAUCAAAGAACUCUAAUGAGACCAACUCAAGUCAACAAAGCGUUGAUAAUAAUGACAAUUACAAUAACGAUAACAAGGGGUCGUCGACUGGUUCGAUGCACAAUCAGCAUGGGGGGAAAAUCUCGCUAACUAAAGAAGAGAAAGCUAUGAUAUGGUCACAAUGUCAGGUACAGGUUUACCAAAGACUAGGAUUGGACUGGCAGCCAGAUUCGGUCCCCCAAAUGUAA